ACACUCCUCAAAAUGAAAGGCAAAAGAAGAUAAGAGAGCUCCAUUGGUACCAUAUAGUCUUCAUUUGUAGUGAGUUGAUUCAUCGAUGUGACAUGAAUUUUUUCCUAAAUUUUUUAUUUCUGAUAUGAUGCACAGCUCGAUUUAUCUUUGUAAAAGUUUGUAAGUUGGUUCCGUAUUGGAUUUAAAUUACUUGGGCUGUUUUUAAAGACUCUUUCAGAUAUUUGCAAUGUAACUUUAAUGUUUUCAGUUUAUGCAACAGAAACCUUGCUCAAACUCCUUGGUCUUGGUUUAAGGAAAUAUUUCCGGUCUGGCUGGAAUAUGUGAGUAUUUAAGAACGGAGUUUAAGUUGUGCUUUCUUGUGUUGCAGUUAAGGCUAUCGUUUCUGGCUUUGUAGUCUUUGUAGAUUCUGACUUGCAACUAAUUUUUGUUCAGCGUGGCGCAGUCGCUGAAACUAUGAACAACCGUGAAUAUCGACACUGGUUGCAUUUCGCACGGUGCACAACUGUGUGUAGUAAGUGAACAGGCAUUGAAGGAUAGAUACAUUGCAGAUGUUUGUUUGUUUGUUUUUUUUGUGGGAAAAAACUUUGAAAUAUGUCAAACUGUUAUUUACAUAUUCCAACAGCGCCAGCUGUUAGCCAAACAAAGUAAAUAUGUUUUAGAAGAGUUUUCCCCGAAUUCAAAUCUUUAGCUCUAUAAUCUGGGAUUAAUUGUCGGUAUCUGAGCAACUGUAGAUGUGCACCUACCCCUCCCCAAACCCAACAUUAACCUUAGCUCAGUUGUUAUCAGUUGACUGUUGUCGAGUUGGGGAGGGGGGUGGAUGUCCAGUUGCUUAAUUACUGACAUUGAUCCAUUAACUUCCUUAUCGUGAACUAAACGCUUCUAUGGUUACGCUGCCUCACAGAUUCGACUUCUCUGUAACUGUGGCUGGUUUUAUUGGUGCAGUUUCAACAUCCUUCAGUUUUAUCGUCUGUGUGAGACCCUUGAGACUUUUGCUGUAAGUAUUCAGUUCUUUUUAAAAAAUCUUAUUGAGUUCUUCAUAUUACUAAAGCAAUUAAUAUUCCUUGCAGACUUUUUAAAGUGAAAAACUACCGUGGCUUGUUUGAGACAAUAGGUGUCUUGUUACCUCGAUUGGCCAGGUAAUACGUUCUCUGUUCUAGUGGAAUUGUCCAUUGUUAAGUAGGCGUUUAGUUUAUUCAUGGCUGAGCGUGAGAAUGACAGUUUGUCACGCAACGUCUUCUGCUAGGCUAAUGCGAUUUGUUAACGUCACCCAAGCACUAACGUGCAAGAAACGAUUUUUCUCUCAGGGUUGCCGUCGUCAUUCUGUUGAUUUACUACUCGUUUGGAAUCAUUGGAAUAGAAUGCUUCUCUGGACUCGAACUAAAAAAUUGUUGUGUGUAAGUAUUUUCCGUUCCAGUUACAGUCUUUUAUCGAAUAUUUUUUCACAUGGAUUCUUUACAGGUAGUCUCUCAAACUAAUGAUUGUUUAUCGAAACGACCGCAUGAAGACCAAGCUCGAUCUAAUGUUCGGCGUGAAAGUGAUAUAAUGUAAGUCGAUCACGUUAAGGCUAAUUUGGUGUACGAACAUUAGGGGAAGUAGUAUUCCGCAUAUGUUUGAAACCAGAAAUAGCUCAAGUGGAAUCGACGUAUUCCACCCAAUAACCAGUCUGUCCUCCUCUUUCCCUUCAUUAUCUCUUGGAUGGUCUCAGUUCAGUCACAAGUCACCAUUAGCUCGGAGGUUAAAAGUCUUACGAACUAAUUCACCUUUUGGGCUUUAGAUUUCACGUGUAGUAUCACGUGACUUUUGAUGUAACCAAACCCCGAAAGUUCGGACAUUGAGUUGAGCUCGCAGCACAUAUGUCCAAACUUCGGCUUUGGAAAUUUUUCUUAAAUAACUUCCCACUUUCAAGAAGUGUCUCUGCGCUCAAAAUUGACAUAUUUCUUUUGUCAUUUAUUUGAUCGUUUAUUAAGCAAGUUGUCAUUUCGCUGCCGUUGAAGUAGAUGCGAAGAAUGUUACAGGAAGCGCUGCGGCAUGGAAAAAUUGAACUAGUUCUGCGUACAGUGAUGUAUCUGAUCAGGUAUUUUCAGGGUGUUUAGUGCGUAGAUUGUCAGAUAAAUUCCCGUCCAACAGGAAAUUAGUGCCCACGAAUCGCUGUAGAACGUGAGGAAGCCUUAAUUCCCGCACGUAAUUACGUAUCUGGGUGUGGAUUUCCUUAGCUGAUUAAUGUACCAAUUUUUUUAACCUUAAGUAACGCAAAUGGGAAAUUCUGCGAAACUCAGAACAACCUUCAAGAAGAGUUAAACUUAAGAAUGGCAGAUCACAAAAGUAAAGCUGAUUUCAACGCAAUGAGUGUGGCAGAGCUUCAAAAAUAUCUACAAGAACGGGGGAUUUCAGCGAGCGGAUACUUGUAAACCUCGUUGGUGGAAAUCACCUCCGCAGUCGAAAAAAUGGUUCUGCCAGUGGAUCCAAAUUUCGAAAAGGCGACGCCACUACUUUAGGCGAAUUAAUAAUUCAUGAUAUGCUUAUACCCUAAAGACUGUUAACAAUUUUAACGCGUCGCCGCCGUUUGGAUUGUACGACAUUUUUAAUUAUUUGAUUUGCUCUCCUAAACUCAUCACUAGCUCUACGCUCAGAUCUGAAAGGGCUUCAACUGCUGCGUAUUCCUCUGUCGAUUUACCAGUUUGACGAUCAAGUGUCAGAAGGGUUUUUGCCAUUGACCGUUCAAGGCAAACUUUCAUGCACCUCUCUUUGUCUGCUUCUUGUUGGCAAGAUACCUUCCGUUUACGAGUCGCGACACCGAGGCAUGGUGAUAUAAAAGAAUGACUGAAUUAACUUACCCUUUCUUUACUAACUACAGCAGAUAUGGAGUCAGUAUCCUCUUUUGUUGGACCAUUUCCACCGACGAAAUUUAGACUACAAGCGUAGCUGUCCUUCGUGCACACAAACGAGUCACCUCGAUGACAUAACCUUAUCCACCUUUGCCUUCUCUCCUUUUGUCUAACUGCCCCCGGAAAAUGGAAAAACUUGACUGAGUCGCCGUUAGCGUUUCUUACCCAGGAGUUGAAGUAUCGUGAAUCGUUUUUCAGGUGCCAUAAGCUCAUCUCUUUGUCGUAACCAUUAUGUUUAGGUAUACACUUACUAAAUAACUGCAAUCGUACACGUUCAUAGAGUUGAAAUCGGUUUUAUUUUUGGGAAUCAAGGCCUCCUCACGUUCCACAGCGAUUCGUGGGCACUAAUUUCCUGUCGGACGGGGAUUUAUCUGACAAUCUACGCAUUAAACACCAAGAAAAUACUUGAUCAGAUACAUCACUGUACGCAGAACUAGUUCACGGCAGCGAAAUGACAACUUGCUUAAAAACGAUCAAAUAAAUGACAAAAGAACGAUUUCAGUUUUGAGCGAAGAGACGCUUCUUGAAAGUGGGAAGUUAUUUAAGAAAAAUUUCCAAAGCCGAAGUUCGGACACAUGUGCUGCGAGCUCACCUCAAUGUCCGAACUUUCGGGGUUCGUUUACAUCAAAAUUCACGUGAUACUACACGUGAACUCUAAAGCCCAAAAGGUGAAUUGUCUGGAAGAUCAUAGGGUCGAAUCCCAGUUGAAGCGCUGAACAUUUGUUUCUCUCCAAUAUGGGUUGGUCACCGACUCAACAACCUUGUCUUUCCUAGCAUUGUGUUUUAUUUUGCACACUAUCAUGCAGAACAACCAUUUCUUUGACGCAUUUUAGUCGAGCAGUGAUUUUCAGGCGGUGCAGCGAAAGCAUUCGUCCCUAUUGCUCGCCUCGGCUGAGAAAUGUACAAAAAUCCGCCAGUAUUUUUAGACCUAUGAUAGAUUGAGAGAGAGAAAGACCUAUGAGAGAUUGAGUAAGACGUAACGAUUUACAUUUUGGUAUUCCUGAAUGCAUCUCAUCUCUAACUGUAUUAUUUUGCACAGAAACACUUCGUGGGAAAGAGCAUACAAGGAGGGUGGCUAUCAUUUGAACAACUUCGAUGAUUUACUACAUUCAUACGGCAAGCGCCUUUAAACUGUUUUCUAGUUAAAGUAUUAUCGCAAAUAGGGAAGAACCACAAAUGAAGUACUUUUUUAUAACGAACAAAGGAUAUCUAGUCUAAGGAUGACUAGUUUCUGUGUUAUAGGCAACUAAACCACACUGAGGGACACCCCACGUCUACGCUCGUUUUCCGCCGUUUUCUUAAGUCCAUUCUUCGGUAAUGGGUGAGUGGAGUGAGCGCAGGCUCAAUCUGAAUUCCCGAAAAACGGCAGGUAAUCGAGCGUACCCUCUGUCGUUAUCACCCCGGUACUACAAAAGACCUCUUUUCACCUUUCAAUUGUAAAACGUCUGUAAACAUCCUACAAUUAGCAUACACUUAUUGUAAUUAUUUGCGUAAUUGCGUCACUUAAUGCGAUUUUACAGAAAUAGCCCAUCAUGAGGUAAAUUUUGAUAAAUGGGCCUUUUACUGAUACGCAGGUAAUUUUUCAAAAUCUUUCUCCAACUCACCCUCCAACUCACUUCCCUUUCCGCCUCAUGCUUGCAAUUUUCUCAAAUUCUUUAAAAUGGCCACCCUUCCAUUGGAGAGUUUCAUCACAUCGUAUAUAAACGUUUUUUAUUACGUUUCUCUGCAGUGACUUUGUUCGAGUUGACAGUAGUAAACAACUGGUUUAUAAUAAUGGUAAGAACACACGAUUGCUUGUUGCAGUGUUUCACUUGCUUCAUAAGCUUCCGACGGUGUUUAGUUGGAUCAGCCUUCGUGAGUGCAUGGAAUUCCUGUGUAUCAUUAUAGUUGGGUUUAAUUGGUUACCUUGUGGUGGAGCUAACGGCUUGUUUUGUGCAACUUCUGGAUUAGUUUUUGCCUUUUCAUAAUCAGCUUUCUUUUCCUAUUUAUUGACAGGAAGGGAUAGUUUACCUGACAUCAGACUGGGCCAGAGUAUUCUUUAUGUUAUUUUACAUUGUUACAAAGGUAAGUCAUAAAAUCACCGACUAUCAUAGUUACACAAGUUUUUAGACAAAGAUCUGCAUACUUGGGCUUUUGAAAUAGCUUCAGGGGAAGGGGUACGAAAGUCAAUGUUUGCUGGGUGCGUGUCACUGUCCUCAGGGGAAGGGGUACGAAAGUCAAUGUUUGCUGGGUGCGUGUCGCUGUUCUCUCAUGACCACUAACCCAUUAUAGACUGUUUUGUGGCCAAUUAAAGAUCCCAUCCUAGUCGCAUUUGGGGUUACACGGUAAGUUUAGGAGAGCCACUCUUCAGCGAGUUACUUAGGCUACCUAUUAGGUCCAUAUGCGACACGCGGAGAUAGAAAAAUUAUCAUAGAAUGAAAGAGAUGGUAAAUUUUGACCCUGUAGAUGAGUAAAGGAGGAUCCAAAACGUUUCUGAAACAUUUCAGGCUUUUUUAGCUUCUUUUAUCUUCUUCUAUGUGCCUUUAGAAAAUGAUUAUUUUACCAUAGUUUUUCCAGUUCUCGGUAGUCAGGUAAUCAAGUAUCCUCUUUUUCUAUCUUAUUUUGACCAGGUUAUUAUGACAACUGUUGUGGCGUUUAUCCUGGAAGCCGUUCGCUUCCGGAUUAAAUAUGGACAAGAACAUCCUACAGACGAAGAAGGUGAAGAGCUUCAGAUGUUACUGUAAUCGAGACUGUUCUGGACCACUCCGCCGUAAAUAACAACAUUGAAAUGAUGAAAACGUUCUCCGUUGUCUCUUUUGUCAAUGAAUUUCGUAUUUCAAAGAUCACGUAUCUUCGAUCGUUAGUGACGUCACAGACGUUGUACAGCAAAAUAAACCUAAGUCGUGUGUGUUACCUUUCAACCUACCAUAAAAAAAAAAAAGGUUCGCAAAGCGUACACAUUAUACGAAGUGGCAUUAAUUUUUUUUGCUUGUCAAGAUGGAGAAUAGCAGCGCUUAGAGGAAAGUAUAUUCAAUAUUGACAAAAUGGUUUACCUCUCCACAGAGGAUAUGAAAAUCAGGAUGAAAAUCAUUGUGACCUACGAAGAACUCCUGGCCUUGGGCGAAAGCUAUGUGGAAGAUCUGCAGCCCGAUCAGCCCGUAAGAAUAUCAUUAUUUCGUUGUCUGUCAGACAUUUUCACUCAACUCCCAAGUUUUCUGUUUUUAAAGGAAUGUUCCUUGAGUCAUGAAACACCAACUUCGUGACUUCAACUCAAAUUCCUGGCCCAUCAAGGGACCAAUCAGAGAUCUUCCGCUAACCCACGCAGCAAGCAUAGUACAUGAUUUCCCACUACGGUAGUAUCAAAAUGACCGUAUAUUUAUGGUUUCCAUUUGCGCUAUAUUCCGUUCAACAACUUAACAGUAAGUUCAAAACUUUCAAUCUAUUAUCACUGGUUAUCAAAAUGAAUUACGAGAUACCAUCCAAGGGUCCCUCAAGAUAGCUUCCUAUGCUCAUCAGAUACAUUCAACCGUUGAGAGACCCAUAAGUUACAUUGAACGUAUAAACAGGUAUCGUUAUUUGAGGGUUCUUGUUCAUAAAUUUUACACUUGUUGGGCUGUAGUAUUUUAGUCGAUACACUAAGGUCCCAAAUGCGUAGCGGCCUGUUGUACCGAGGUUUAACUGUUUCAAUACAGUUUGAGACUGUUAUGUGACUCGCGUACACUCAUUUCAUUGCAGGUUCGUUACGAAGGAAAACGCCCCAAGACGAAAAUGGAUUUGAGAGUAAGAAUGUACAAAGAUGAAGUCCAGGUAUAAACUUUUCAUUGAUCAUUAAUUGAUGAAUUAUUCGGUAGUAAAUAAGUCAGUUGUUAACUGAUGAAUUAUUCUGUAGUAAAUUAGUCAGUUGUCAAUUGUUAAAUUACACUGUAGUAAAUUAGUCAGUUAGACAAGUAAUGUAAAAGCGACGAGGUCACACCAUUUUGUCAUUGCGCCCCUUUUUUUUCGUUCUUUGAAUAUUAUCUCGUUUGUAAUAAACCUGUUUCGCUUUUCCUUGUAGCAAUGGAUACAAGAACCUUCAGCGUACGCUCAUAGAAGAAAAGAUACAAGGCCAUGUCUCCUAUCAACUCUCCUUCAUCGCCAGUCCCCGCGAACACGUCAUCUAAUAGUCUUGUGACUGAUGAGGUAACAAUGGGAGAAGUAAACAUAGCGUUAGACGAGUAAGACGCCACCUUUUGAAAAUGUUUUGCUUUUCCUUGUAGCAAUGGAUAAAAAAAGAAACAGAAGAACUUUUAGCGCACGCUCAUAGAAAUGAUGAGGUAGAAAUGGGAGGAGUAAACAUAGCGGUAGACGAAUGAGAUGCCACCUUUUGAAAAUGGGAGCGGGAAAAACAGAUACCCUCCAACAAGGUUCAACAGAUAACUCUAUUAUGUAUAUAUAACCAGUAAACUCUUACCUAAAAUAAGGCG